GUUUUGGUACAUAAGUAAUAAGUACAUAUUUCUAGUUUCAUUAUUACAUUUGUUUUCGUUUAUUGUAAAAACUAAUGAGUUAUUUAAAUGUCGAUAUAUGUUAUUAAUGUUCUAAAGUAAAGUUUCAAAUGUUAUGUUCUCGAUGGAUAGUACAUUCAAAACAUUUGUUUAAUUGUGUUGCUCAACUAUCUAAACAAAUUGAUUAUUCUUCAUUUGUUAGCAAUUAGAUAUGCGUAGUUACUGAUUUGUAUUUAAACCAUGUGCCCUUAUCGGUUUAAAAGAAAAUGUAGACAUUUGCAAUUGUAGUCGAUUAUUGUUCGACUAGGUGAAUACUGGAAAAUAACAAACUCCAAAGGACUUUUUACAUUCGUACAAUGUCUUCCAAAUGGACGUGUGUAUUAAUUGUGGGUUUUCUUCUAUUUUCCUUUUAUCAUUCUAUUAAUGGUUUAUUGUGUUAUUGUGACUUAUGUUUUGAUACAAACUUCACUUGCACUACCGAUGGAUAUUGUUUUACAAGUAUAUCACUUAACAAAGAUACCGGUGUGAUUCGACAUUCAUCUAGUUGUUUGCACAAGAACCAGUUUUUCCCACCAGAAAAGCCAAAAUUAUGUUUUCGAAGACAGUUUUUGGAUGAAACUUCAAUGCUGUGUUGUCAAGAUCGAGAUUAUUGUAAUCGCUGGUUAUACCCAAAACUUGUUGAAGUUAAACCUACAGAUGAUACUGAAAAUGGCCAUAAAACUAAAAGAUUGGGUACAUGGGAACUGGCUAUUAUAAUAGCUGGUCCAAUAGGAGUUGUAUGCUUAGUAGUUAUGCUUAUUAUGAAUUUUUGGGUUGAAUCAAAUAAACGUCAUAAUAUAAGAUAUCUACGAACUCCUAGAAACAUAGCUGCUGAUCAACAACCUAUUUUAGCUGCUGCUGUUUCUUUGAGAGAUAUGAUUGAAAUGACUACUAGUGGAUCCGGAUCCGGCUUGCCACUUUUGGUCCAACGAAGCAUUGCUCGUCAAAUCCAACUUGGAGUACCUAUUGGUAAAGGGCGUUUUGGUGAAGUAUGGCAAGGAAAAUGGCGCGGGGAACAAGUGGCUGUCAAAAUUUUUUCAUCUAGAGAGGAACGGUCAUGGUUUAGGGAAGCUGAAAUAUACCAAACUGUAAUGUUGAGACACGAUAAUAUUUUAGGAUUUAUUGCUGCUGAUAAUAAAGAUAAUGGUACGUGGACUCAGUUAUGGUUAAUAACUGACUACCAUGAAAAUGGAUCAUUAUUUGAUUUUUUGAAUCGUAGUACAGUGGAUACUAAUGGAAUGAUUCGCAUGGCAUUGUCUAUUGCAACAGGUCUAGCUCAUUUACAUAUGGAAAUUGUUGGUACUCAAGGUAAACCGGCCAUUGCACAUCGUGAUCUCAAAUCUAAAAAUAUUUUAGUUAAAUCCAAUGGAACUUGUGCUAUUGGUGAUUUAGGACUAGCUGUACGAUAUGAUACUACUAUGGACACAGUUGAUAUACCAUUAAAUCAUAGAGUCGGCACAAAACGAUAUAUGGCCCCUGAAGUUUUGGAAGAAACAAUUAACAUGAACCAUUUUGAUUCAUUUAAAAGAGGUGAUGUAUAUGCUUUGGGUUUAAUUUUAUGGGAAAUAACAAGGAGGUGUAAUAUUGGAAAUAUUCAUGAAGAAUAUCAGUUACCAUAUUAUGAUAGCGUACCAUCUGAUCCUACUAUUGAUGAAAUGCGCAAAGUUGUUUGUUUAGAAAUUAGACGACCACCUAUUCCACAGAGGUGGAAUACAUACCCAUGUUUGCAAACAAUGAGCAAAUUAAUGCAAGAGUGUUGGUAUCAUACUGCAUCUGCCCGUCUUACUGCAUUACGCAUUAAAAAAACUCUAGCCACACUAGGUGCCAUGCAGAAUCAUAAUAUUAAUAUAAAUAUUUAA